UUUUGACAGCAGGUUCUGCACUCUGUCACAAGUAGCCGUCCACAGCAGACCUCCUUGUUCACCGGAAGUAAGGAAACCAGCAGAGAAAGAGCCAACAUGCCAGCUAAUUUGAAUGGAUAUUGGAAAAUGAUUUCCAAUGACAACUUCGAGGAGUACCUGAAGGCCCUUGAUGUAAAUGUUGCCAUCAGGAAAAUCGCCACUUUGUUGAAGCCUGACAAGGACAUCACCCAUGACGGGGACCACAUAAUCAUCAAAACCCUCAGCACCUUCAAAAACUACAACAUGGACUUCUAUGUAGGCAAAGAGUUCGAGGAGGAUCUGUCUGGUGUGGAUGAUAGGAAAUGCAUGACCACUAUCACCUGGGAGGGAGACAAGCUGGUGUGUGUGCAGAAGGGAGAGAUUGAAGGAAGAGGCUGGACCCACUGGGUGAACGGAGAUGAGCUUCAUCUGGAGCUGAGAGCUGGAGGAGUUGUUUGCCAGCAGGUUUUCAAGAAGACCUAAGAUGGCUCUAGUAAUGAACGAGAUGGUGCCUCCAGCUGACACUGGUUCACAGAGACACACCAGACACACAUGGCUUCUGACAUGCCAUCCAACUUCCCUUUGGUCCAUGCAUUCGUCUCUAUUUGGGUCCAUCUACCAAUCUUUUAUGUAUUUAUCUAUUACAAAUACUAUUUUUUUUGCCAACCAUCACAUU